GGGCCGCUGUCUGUCUGUCAGUCAGAUCGCUUUCACCGACAGACAGAGCCGUCAGAGGACGCAGGCAGUGCGCUCUCAUGGCAUUUGACACCGACCAGGACCACGAGUGUCCGGUGUGCUACGAGAGCCUGUCGGGCGCGGAGCGCACCUUGAGCUGCGGUCACGUCUUCUGUCACGACUGUUUGGUCAAAACGCUUGUCAGCGUGCGCAGAGACGGAGACAUCAGGGACACCAUCAUCUGCCCCGUCUGCCGACACCUCACAUUUAUUAAGAAACUAAAGGAGGCGGCGGCGGCGGCGUCCCACGCGGAGAACAAAGACCCAGAUGGAGGACAAACUCUGGAGGUUCCUCUGGCGCUGCAGCCGCACCAGGACGCGCAGCGCGCCUCCACAGACAGUCCGCGGCGGGGCGUUCAGUGGCUCUCUCACUGCUUCAGAGAGAUCUCUGAGCGGAUCCAGCGACACAGACUGGUCAGUCCUUGUCAUACCGCCUCUCAGAUCUUCAUCAUCAGCACCCAGGGGCGGCCCAUGGAUGAGGAGGACGCGCUGAACGCGGUGACGACUGCGGUCCGGCCGCCGCGCAGACGGAGGCGCAGGAUUUGCACCACUGCGCGCUGCCUGCUCUUGUUGCUUUCGGUUUUUACUGUUCUGGCGCUGGUGGCUGCAACGUUACCCUGGAUUUUCUUGGCAUAACGCCGAGAUGUAGAGUUCUGGAUUGCCAAAUGCCAAUUAAACUGACAUUUGAAUGCCACGUCAUUAUUGGUGUGGAGCAAACUCCUGUUCACAAUUAUUUGGUGCACGAAAAGUCACGACCAGUGACUGCUUUCAUGUCUCACCAAUGAUCCAAAGACUUUAAGAAGCGGUGAGGUAUAUUUUUCCCAGAUUUUUAAAGUGAUUUUUCUUGGAUGCUUGCGGUCUUUAUGUGCGUCACAGUGUCAAUGAAGUAAAGUAAUGGUGCUUGGUUUUUGCUUUCUGAAUGUAUAUGACUUCAUAAUGUGACUUCAUUAUGACGCCAUUCAUACCACUCAAUCAGAAAUGUUUUGCUGAUCAAUAUAUGCUUUAGCUCAUCCAUCCAUGCUUCUUGGUUGUGCCAUGUAUAAAAAAGGUGGUGGUAGAUACAAUGGGCCUCAUAUAUCAACGUUGCGCACUUGUGGCGUAAAUUUACGGUGUAAAUUUGAAGUACACCAAAGUUGCCGUGACAUGUAUCAAGCAGUGCGCACCUGCCCAUUUCCGGCGUACGCCUGACGUGAUCUU